AUGACUGACAAUGCCGAUGAAAAAGCCGAUCUGGAAGGAGCCACAUCCGAUCAGCCUAUAAGUGAUUGUAAAGUUACCCGAAGUCGUACGAGCUUGGCGUUACUGCAACAGAGCGGCACACCUACGAGUGAUAACGUGCCAGAAGAUCUAGGGGGUAAGAGACAUCGGGAGGAAACGGACCCUGAUGGUGAUGGCGUGAAGAGUACAAAAGUGCCCUCACGGAAAGCGAGCCAUCCCUUGAGUGAUGGUUUGGGUGGCGAUGUCCCUCAGCCUCGUCUGAACGAGAUCACAGACACUCAGCAUGAUAAGGGCAAGAUUGAACUGUUGUUCUACGUGGACAGGUCCGUGCGAUUGGCUGCACGAGUUUUCCCGACAUUUAAAUUGUGGAACAAUGAGCUGUUAAGAGUUAGAGAGCGUGAUGAGAUUAGAUCGGGUGCAUUCGGAAGAGGCUUUAUUGAUAAAGAAAUGUGUGUGGUUGAUGAUAGCCGUCAGUCGGAUACUGUUGUACUUGCAUCCAACGAGGAUAUUACCGGGGUUAUGGAAGGACACAGUGUACAAUUGUAA